ACUGUUAGAUGCAGACCAAUAUACCUCCCCAGAGAGUUUACCAUAGUCAUGAUAACCGCUGUUUACAUACCACCGGAUGCUAAUGCUAAAACAGCUAUUGCACUUCUGCAUGGCAGCAGUGGCCAUCUGCAGAGCAUCUAUCCAGAUGCUGUGCACAUUAUAGCGGGGGACUUCAACCAUGCAGACUUGAAGACGGCGCUCCCAAAAUUCCACCAGCAUGUAAAGUGUGCUACAAGGAAGGCUAACAAUCUGGACAAAGUCUACUCUAACAUCAGCCAAGGCUACAGGGCUAGACCACUUCCACACCUGGGUCAGUCCGAUCACCUGUCCCUGCAUUUAAUUUCUGCCUAUACCCCCC